AGAUCGCGUUCAGUCGUCGCUGGUCGUUCGUGAAAAUCGGCUCGUUUCGUUUCGUACGUUCGCUCGAGCGAUCGUUGCGCAUUAACGAACCUGAUUGGCAUCGAGACCACAUCCCGGGACUCCUCUCUUUUUGACGGACAGUGACAUAUUUUUAGAGCGCUCGUAACCACGCUUUUUGAUUCGUACAUCCCGCGACGCGAUCCUCGCACUUCCAAUGACCGUUCUGAGAUGUUGACGGACGUUCACGCGCUGCAGUAUUCCUAACGACAGUGAUGUUAUUUAGAAGAUUAUAAUUAUUAAGCUACAAAAUACAAAGGCAGCGUGUUACGUGGUUAUCUUUUAAAACUAUUUAAAAAGACGAGAUAACGAACCUGUAGAUUUACGCGGCGAACAGAAAAUGCUGGGAAUUUGGAUCACAGUUUGGUGCACGCUCGUGAUAGUCUCGGAUGAAGUCCUUGGAAAUCCUAUUCCAAGCCAAGACGAUGGACUCACUCUCAGAAUUGUUCACACGAACGAUAUGCACUCAAGGUUCGAGCAGACGUCACAACUGUCCAGUAUCUGUUCCAAACAAGACGCAGAAGCUGGAAAAUGUUACGGAGGAUUCGCCAGAAUAACAACCCUUGUUCGACAGGCGAGGCAAUCGCCUAUUCCAUGUCUCUUCAUGAUCGCUGGAGACACUUAUCAAGGCUCCAUGUGGUACAAUGUGUACAAAUGGAAAGUGGUUGCCAAGUUCCUGAACCUAUUGGCUCCGGAUGCUACAAGUUUAGGCAACCAUGAAUUUGACGACGGCGUGAGCGGCCUGAUACCCUUCAUCGAGAAUGCCACAUUCCCUAUAGUGACAUCGAACCUGGACCUAAGUAAACAACCGAAUCUAGCUGCCACGAAGCUGCUGAACAGCACAGUCCUGACCGUAAAUGGACGGAAAAUUGGCGUGAUUGGCUAUUUAACACCAGAAAGUAAAAUAAUCUCACGUACGGAAGACGUAAUUUUCCUGGACGAGGUGGAGUCCAUUCGCAGGGAAGCUAAAGUUCUUAAGGAACAGGGUGUAAACAUUCUGAUCGCUCUGGGACACUCUGGCUUCGAGGUAGACAAGAAGAUCGCUAGAGAAGUGGAGGACAUCGAUCUCGUGAUCGGUGGGCACACGAACACGUUCCUCUACAAUGGCAAGCAGCCGGAUCUUGAGGUGCCGGAGGGUCUCUACCCCACAAAAGUGGUGCAAAAAAGCGGAAGGGAGGUACACGUUGUCCAAGCGUACGCGUACACCAAAUAUUUGGGGAAUUUCACGGUGACAUUCAACUCGGAGGGUGAAGUGACCCAUAUCAGUGGCAACCCAGUACUCGUUGAUAACAGUAUCGAACAGGCACCAGACAUUUUGGAGGAAUUGAAUCAGCUAAGAGGGGCCAUCGACAACGUGAGCUUAACAGUAGUUGGAAAAACACGUGUUCUCCUUGAAGGGGAUAGCAAAGUGUGCAGACGCAUGGAAUGCAACUUGGGUAAUCUCAUCACAGAUGCUAUGAUCGAAUAUAAUGCCGGAGAGUAUGCAAGCAAGGACAGCUGGACAGAUGCUGCAGUAGCUAUACAAAAUUCAGGCAGCAUUAGAACUUCUAUCUCCAGGGCAAAUGAUGACAAAGUUACCAUGGGGGAUAUUCUUAGCGUGUUACCUUUCAACAAUAUCAUCAUGAAGGUACAGAUGACUGGGGAACAGAUGCUGUCUGUUCUAGAAUGGAGUGUUCAAAAUUUGGAGAUGAACACAACUUCAAACCUGUUUGGCGCAUUCAUACAGUUUUCUGGCCUUCAGGUAACCUAUAAUUUGUCUAAACCAAAGAAUUCGAAGGUGGUUUCUGUGCAAGUGCAAUGUGCAUCUUGCCUCAUUCCGGCGUACAGUGAACUUAAGAAGAAUGAAACUUACAAUGUACUCAUGUCUGAUUUCAUGCAGAGCGGCGGCGAUGGAUAUGCUAUGCUGAAGGAUCUCAAGACACAGCCUUUGGGAGUGACUGUAGCAGAUGCAACAGUCGAAUAUUUUAAGAAGCAUAGUCCAGUACAUAACGGAGUCGAAUGGAGAAUUAAUUACAUAAAUACGAUUGAAAGUGAUUACAAUCAGCAUAAUAGUGCUAGCAACAUAUACACAUCUAUCAGAUUGACGAUUUUGUUACCAAUAAUCAGUUGGUUAUGUGUAAGAUAAAGACAAUCACAAAGGUACACAGUGUCAGCAGUUAGGAUUCAGCAGUAUUUAAAACUUUAUAAUUUAUACGAGAGGUUUUUAUGCAUAUCCUACUUAUUUCUCUACCUCAAAUUACAUAACUUUAAUUCUAGAGAUUAACAAAUAUUAAAAGCACCAUUUUAAAUGCU